CAGUCUACUCGGUGCGAUUUUAUAUCCGCAGUGCUCAGCAACAAAUUUCUUUAUAAAGUCUGGUCACCAACACCUUUUGAAAGAACAUUGGUCUACGGUUCAACGGAUUCACUUCAAUUAAUGAAGAAGAUUGCAAAAGUUCGUGAAUCGACUGAAAUGCUCGUGUGACUGUGAAUCCCUUGGGAUGGCCAACGUGACGUGGCGCCAAAUUGCGAAACAAAUGACUGAAUUUUUGCGGAAAAUCUUUUGACGUUGCCCUGGGCAUCAAAAGACGAAGGGCCUUUCUUUAAAAGACGCUCCGUAGUUCUUGGAAGCCGUUGUUUCUGUUUAUGUGGAGUACCGACAGAUCAAAUUCAAACGUUGAAAUGGCAUCGGUGAGGGAGGAUCGACCAAAUUUGAUGUGGAAACCAUCUCCCGGUCGAUUGACAAACAUUCACCGUUUCCAGUCUGUGGUAAAUCACUCAUUUGGCCUUAAUUUGGGUAAGUUUUGUUUUUAAAAAAAACGAUUUUAUGCUAUAGAUCUCAUUUGUUUUAUAUUUCCCGCUCAAAGAACGUAUUUGUUUUAUUUUUAGAAGUAAGCCCAAAUUAGUUACAUUUUGAGCGGGGAGUCGUGGAGGGGGUGGUUAAAAGGAAGUACUCGUAGGUGCCUUGACUUGAUCGGUUAACCCUUAAACGCGUUCUUGUGAAGAGAUUUUUUAGUAUUAACCUGUGAUGGUCAUACAAUGAAGACCUUUAAAAUAAUUGGAGAAACUUUAAGGUGAAGAUUAUUAUUUUUUUUAAAGGAAUGUUGCAUUCACACACCCCUGGCACACCCCCAAUCACUCCUAUCUACAUCAACAAGGAAUGUGCAUGACAUGAGUUUACAAUGCUGUAAAUAAAAUGAAUAUAAGAAAGCAAAAAUAAAUUGCUAAUGAUGAUAUUAUUCUCUGUAACUUAGAAACUUAUUUAUAGAUAUUAUUAUACUGUGUCGACCGUGAUUUAUUAUAUUAUAUUUUCAUCUGUCACUCAGGGGUUUCAAUAAAAAUUGAAGUUGCCAGCAGGUUUGAAUAGUCUUAGAGUAACUGACUGUAUCAAAAGGGACAUGUUAGUCCUUGAAGGGGUUGGGGGGAGGGGGGUGACAUGCUUCCCCAGAAAAUUUUGAAAACUGAAAGCCGUAAAAUGCAAUUUUCACUGUUCUGGGGACUAAAUUGAGGACAAAAGAGUGUGUUUUUCAUUCAAGAAAAUCACUGUCGAUUUCUUUAAACUUCUGAUCAAUCAGUCACAAUCAAUUCUUACAAGCAAUGAACAAAUGAUGAUGAAAACUAAAUUACGUACUUUUGCACGUUAACAAAUUCUGCGUAAACCUGUAAAGAAACCUGUGAAAAUUGACUGAAACAUAGUGUUUAGAUGGCUAAAGCAUAACGUAAAACCAGUGGGCCUUUCGGAAAACACAUCAUAAUUACGUUUUCAUUCAGAUUUUACGAUAAUUAUAUUUUUUGUUGACAAAGUUAUUCAAACUAGUUCCUUCUUCCUUCUAGAAAAAAGUAGCCGACUUCUAUGAGCAAAGUAGCCGACAUGUUUCGUUGGUCGUCGGUGCUUCUUGAAACCCCUGGUCACUCAAGAUAGUGAACUGUAUCCACCAGCCUUGUUUCCCCUGCCACUGACACUUCCUCAAUUUUUGCACAACUUGCAUCUCAAGGAAACACCCCCUUUAUUAAUAUUAUGAUAACAUUAUAUAGAUUUUUUUUGUGUGUAUCUAUUUUUAUUGAAAAUUAGGCAAAAUGUUGUUAAAAGUUUUUUCUGAUUUAUCUUUCCUCCAACACGUUUAGAAACAUAUGAGGAGUUACGCAAGUGGAGUGUAACAAACUGUGCUGAUUUCUGGGAGAUUUUUUGGAAAUAUGCUGACAUUCUUCAUUCCCAAACAUACGAGGAAGUAUUAGAUCAGUCCCAACCAAUGGAAACAAUUCCUGAGUGGUUUCGUGGAGCUCGUCUUAAUUUUGCAGAGAAUCUUUUGCGGUAUGAUGAUGACAAAGUUGCACUGUAUACAGCAGGUAAAAUUUAUUUUCCUUAUAGUGAAUUGUAAAAAAAAGAAUAUUGGGGGAACACAAAAGAGAAAGGUGCCAAAGGGGCUAUUUAUCCCUUUAAGUCCCAAGAGUGAUCAAAGUCAAUUUUCUCAUAACAAUAUCAAUACAUAAUCUAGAGAAAAUGUUGUGAGAAUUAAUGAAAUGAUCACCUGAUGGGAAAAUCUUUGAUCUGCAGAAAUUCUCUCAACUAACUCUGAACAAAUUCUCUCAACUAAUUCUUUAAGGAAAUAUAUGGAGAUCAGUUUGGAGAAUUUGUAUUUGGAUAUUGGGGCUGAAGGGAUUAUAACCAUGCAUAGCACCCACCUAUUUUAGAGGCCCACUUAGGGGGGUGCGUGUGCCCUUAGAGUGAAUUUCAAAACCUGUCGUUCCCAAACUUGUCAUACCUUUUCCUGAAAAAGAAAGCUGUUUGGUCUCUUAUAAACUACCACCGCUCAUAUAUAUAGGCCAUCAUUGAAUCUUGGGGAGGGGAGGGGCUGACUCUAGGUCAUUCUUUAGUCGCUUACUUAUUAUUACGAGACCAUGAAUUUGCAGUAUAGUAGUGCAGCAUUUGAAAGUAUUUAUUGUGUACUUUUAAUAAUUGUUUUACCACAUUAUGUUUAGGAGAAGGACAAGAAGUUCAAUCAGUAACAUUCCAUCAACUAAGAAAGAAUGUGACAGUCCUAGCCUCGGCAUUAAAAAAUCUUGGCAUCAAGAAAGGAGACAGAGUUGUUGGUAUGAGUAUUGUAUUUGAUAGGAAACCACACUUAAAACUCAUUUGGAGUUGAAAGUUAAACCUUUUUGAUUUUAUACAGGCCUCUCUCGUGGAAUACCUAGUCAUAGAUUCUUCCCAUCCUCACUCCCAAAUUCUAUUCUUUCUAAGGAACAUUCAGUGUUCUUGUGGCAAUCAAAUGUACACCGUGUUUUUUAUUUAAUGCCAAUAGAAGGUUCUUUUUUGUUUCUAGACGUUCCCACCAGUCCUCUUGUACUUGUCGAGUAGGCGAGGACCCUGGCAACAAAGUUGCGCUAACAGAUGCCCAGAGAUGAAAAGAGCUUUAAGAGCCCUUUCUCUUUAUUUGAUCUUCAAAGCCUCUUAGUCGUUCUAUCAUCAGCAUUUGCUGCAUCUCAGAAAAAUCAAGAACACUUAAAUGAAACGUCUGAGAAAGCCAAAUCUGAUGUGGUGGCUCUCUUUGACUGAAUGUUAUUAUUUUCAAAGGUUACAUCCCCAACUGUGCACUGGCCGUGGAAGCCAUGUUAGCUACAGCUAGCCUAGGAGCCAUUUGGAGUUCUACCUCACCAGAUUUUGGAGUAUCGGUAAUUGUCAAUUAUAAUUUAAUUUUAAAAAUGCACAGUUGAGCCUUCACUAAUGGCCACCUCUCCAUCAUGGUCAGUCUGUUUUGUUUCCCUGGAUAUUUUGUGCUUCAAUUUUAUCCUUGUUUUAAAUUUUGUUUUCCUUUAUUCUGGGAUAUGGUAAUGUAUGAUUAAGAGUUUGAAACAAAGGAAAAUAAAAUUUAAACCAAGGAUAAAAUUGAACCACAAUAGAUAUAUUCAUUCUUGUUUUAAAUAAAAUCAUACCUAACUCUGCCCCUGAGGUUGCCUUUGUAGAAAGUUUACUACAUUUAAUAAUAAUAAUAAUAAUAAUAAUAAUAAUUAUUAUUAUUAUUAUUAUUAUUAUUAUUAUUAUAACAUUCCCAACAUUAUAUUAUUUUUAUUAUGAGAAUUUGAUAAUGUCAUUAUCUAUAAACAGUUAUGUUAAUGUUCAAUAAUAUAAACAGUAAUUUGAAGUGACAUUUAAACUGCAUCACCAACUAAGGCAUUUCGUAGGAAACCCUGCAAAUAAGAUAUUGGUAAAAGGUAAAAACAAAAAACAGAGAAUUAGCCUCUAAAUUAAACCUUUUUUAAAUAAAAUCUAAAACAAUAUUCUUUUCUUUUCAGGGAGUAUUGGACAGGUUUACACAGAUUACACCAAAGGUUAUUUUUUCAGUAGAUGCUGUCAGAUAUAACAAGAAGAUACACAACCAUUUGGGGAAACUAACUCAAGUUGUACAAAGUAUGUAUGGAGGGAUGCAUGUAAUGUUUGGUGGGUUGGGUGACAAGUGGUAUAAGCAACUAAUAGGCCCUUUGCAUCUAGCCAUUCACGUGGUACAUAACCACCAUGCUGGAGAGCAAAAGUCGCACUGGGAGAAGACAAACAAAGGAAAUUACCAUUUAAAUUAUGUGUGCCUUUUGUUUGUCGUGUCCCAGAGCCACAUGAAUGGCUAACUGCAAAGGGCCUAUUUUUGACUGCACAGGAAAUCCAAAUCAUUUCAAUUCCAUGCUUUUUUAAUUAACAACUGGUUUUACCUGGUAUGUAAGAAACUUUGCUCCAAUAAUGGGGGAACACUUUACUCCCCCCCCUGCCCCCUUGAAAAAAAGGAAAGAAAAAUAAGUGAAGUCAAGUUCAAUUUUACUUACAGGCCUUCCUGAUCUGGAGAAAGUUAUUGUGAUGCCUUUUGUUGGAAAAGCAGAUGAAAUUGACCUUUCCAACAUUCCCAACAGGUAUUUGCCUUCCCUUAUGCGAUCUCAUUAAUUAGAGUCAGAUUCGAACAAUUCAGAAAGGAUGAUCACUUGAAAGCGUAUAUACAAUAAAUACUAUCUUAUUACUGAGAAUUCUUUAAAACAAUGCCAAAUUUCACAGAAAAAGGGAAGGCCGCAGCCCCCUCAGCCCACCCUUAAAUCUGCCCAUGUCAAUGGCAUCUUUUUCUGGGAACCCCGUAUGGGGCUUUGUAGUUUAAUGUAUCAAUCUGUGGCACCAGCUUGUCAUUACUAAGAAACCAGUGUUAUGACUAUUGUUUUUCAAUAUUCCUGUUAAAUGUACUGUUACAUUAAAUGGAUAAAUGGAAAAUAGCCCUAAUAGGCUACUUCCGAGUUUCAAAAAUCCUCACUUUCGAAAUUAGGCUAAGUGCACAACCUUUCUUAUCAAAAUGAGUUUUAUUUGUAUCUAGAAUGAAAAAUCAUUUCCAUGUCAAAGCUAGGCUGAGCACUUAACCUCGUUUUGAUACAGAGGACCGAGGGAACUCGGAAAUUGCCUAUUAACUCUUGUUUAAUCUAUAUUCUCCUUGUGAGUUACCGGUAACUUAGUUUCUUAUGAAACAAAAUGGGAAUAUAAGAGAUUAAUAUUUAAUGAUAAAGCCUCAUUUCAUGCACCUCUUUGAUUAUGACCCUCUAUGAGUAAAGCAAGUGAUUCACUUCCCAAGUGACAACAACAACAACAAUUUAUUAGUGUUCCCAUAUGGUACAUUUUGCCAUUAAAGCAUUGCAAUUCAAUUAAAUACAGUCGACUCCCGGUAACUCGAACCCUCUCUAACUCGAACCUCCCGCUAACUCGAAGCAAUUUUCAUUUCCCUUCGGAUCGUUUUCUAUAUAAUUUUACCCACGAUAACUGGAACUCCCGAUAACUCGAACUGUUUUUUGUUUCCCUUGAAGGUUCGAAUUAUCGGGAGUCGACUGUAAUAAUAAAAACAAAACUAAUGUAGUAAUCAAGAUUAAUUAAUAAACUAAGUUGAUUAAUAAUCAGUAGUCUGAUUAAUAACUUAAUUUCACGUGUACUCACUUUGAUAUAGAUCAACUCCUUCUUGCACUUAGAUUUGGGGCUAUUUCGUUCUAAAAAAUUGGACACUCACUAAAAAACAUUAAUAAUUUUAUUUCUCUUUUUCCCCCUUUAUGAAUUAUUAAUGAGUUUUUGAAGCUUUGUUUUAAUGUAAUGGGUGUUUCUACAGUGAAAUGAUUCAUCAACUUAAUAACCAAGUUUUUUAUUCAUAAAUUUCGUUUUUUUUCUCAGUAUUUUGCUUUCUGAGUUUUCCAAGUUUGCGGAUGAAAGGCCAGUUCUUGAAUUUGCCCAGGUUCCUUUUAAUCACCCACUGUUCAUCAUGUACUCAUCAGGAACAACAGGUCCUCCAAAGUGUAUGGUACAUUCUGUUGGGGUGAGUAGAAAACUAGGUCACAGGGUUACUAACGUUACUAAGGUUCAGGGAGGGGGUGGGGACAUGGGAAGAGGGGUGGUUUGGGGCUAGUAAGGUGGGAGGAUUACAUGACUUGUACUGUAUGGUGCAUUCUGUUGGGGUGAGUAGAAAACCAGAUCAGAGGGUUAGUAACGGUAAGGUUAAGGGGUCAGGGACAUGGGAGGAGGGGCGGUCUGGGGCCAGUCAGAUGGGAGGACAUAUAUGUAACAUGUAUGGUGCAUUCUGUUGGGGUUAGAAGAAACAAGAUCACAGAGGUACUAAUAGUAAGGUUAAGGGAGUGGGUGGGGACAUGGUAGGAUGGGUGGUCUGGAGCCAGUCAGAUGGGAGGACACAUGUAACCUAUGAUGCAUUCUGUUGGGGUUAGAAGAAAUCCUGGUCACAGGGGUACAAACAGUAAUGUUAAGGGAGCCGGAACAUGGGAAGAGGGGUGGGGAAUAGGGGGAGAUUAGGUACCAAAAACAACCUGGCCACCUAAGUGUAUUAACUCAUCAAAGAUCAAUGCAGUACUAUGAAACUUAAAAAGCAGUUGCAAAAAGAAAGCCUGUAAAAGGAAAAGUCAGGCUUAAACAGGAUUCAAACCCAUGACGUCUGCAAUACUGGUGCAAUGUUCUUAACCCUGAGCUAUCAAGCCAACUAGCUUCCCAUUCCAAAUAAGAGAGAAGGGAACAGAUUUUCCAGAAACAUUCUAAACUUGGCAUUAUUAUCAGUGCCCAUUCUUAAAGGUUGUAUGACCUGCUGGUUUAUUGUUUAUUUUGUAGUUACAAAUUUCAUCACAUAUUUUCUUAACUAGGAAAACUCUUUUUCGUUUUUUUUUUAACCAAAGUUCAAUAGGCCAAUGUCAAUGUAUUAAAAUUUGCACUUGGCUGAGAGGCUGGAGGUAUAAAACAAAAGAAAAUGCAUUGAGAUUCAGUGAUUAUAAUUCAGAUUUUUAUUAUUUAAUAUUAUUUCUCCAAGCCUCUGAGCCAAGAGUGAAGUUUAAUAUUUUGGAACUAGCCUGUUGAACCUUGGUAAAAAAAAGUCUUCCUGGUUAAAAAUAUGUAAAAUGCAUUUUUUAAAUAUCACUAUGUUGUUUUUGUUGUUGUUAUUAUUAUUAUUACUAUUUCUCCUCUCCAUCCCUUUUUGUUUAUGACCCACUCAUUUCUAACACAUCCAUUCUCAGAUUUUAUACACCUUGCUACUACAAAUGCAUGAGAAAGAAUGAUUUGUUAUUUACUUACCAAGGUUUGAACUCACAAGCUUCUGUUUUCCGGUCUGUCUUGAUAUCCACUAGGCCACCCAAGAUGAGUUACAAAUUGAAUGAUUUUUAUUGAAAUUAUGCUUUCAAGUCAGUCCCAGACUCACUCUUACCCUAAUAUGUGGUUCAAAAUCUGCUUUCAGUAUUACCUAGUUAAAAAGAUUUUAUUGAGUUAAAAAUUAAGAUUUAGCUGGAGAAAAAAUUAACUGUUUCCUUAUUGGUACUUAUUUUCGCGAUUUUGGCGAGAGAGUAUUUUACGGGGUUUUAUUUUCGCGAUUUCAACACGCAAAUGUGAAAAUAGGGCUGGAAAAGCUUCACAAUUUUACAUUAUUUCACUCACUGAAGAUACAAAACGGAGCUCACGAGUAAAACCAGUUAUUAAGUUAUAUUGCUGGUACAUAUCCUGUACAUGUUGUUGCUAUUACAAGUUCAUAUAAAUAAUUUUUUCUGUGAUUUGAAUUUUCUAUACGAGUAUUUAAUUUCGCAUGCUUGAAUUUCGCGAGGAUUUAUUUUUUGCAAGUCGUUAUUUUCUCGAUUCGUUUGCAAUAGCGAAAAGCGCGAAACUAAAGACUCGCGAAAUUAAGUAUCCACCCAACCUCGUUCCCAGCUCUCUCUCUCCUACUUGUCCCUAUGAAGCAAGCUGAGAGAGAGAGAACCUAAGAGACAAGGUUGAUAUCCACCCUUAUUAUUGCAACCACAUACGAUCGUCCCCAAAGCAAAAUCACUUAAUUAUUUUAAUGUGAAAACCUAUUUGAUAGAUGUUUAUGGCCCUUCGGGAAGUUGCCCUUAAAUUCAAAUCUGAUGAAUUUUAUGCUGUAUAAGAAUUUAGAAAUUCUAGCCGAUGUUGAAAUUUUUGACGUUUAUUUACAGGGAACUUUGAUCCAGCAUCUUAAAGAACAUUUACUUCAUGGCAACAUGAACAGACAAGAUGUCAUACUUUAUUACUCUACGGUAAUUAUUUAUAUUUAAAAAAAUUACGUCGAAACUAAACGUAUUUGCCGGAAUUUCCGCGCAAGAUAGUUUACAGUGCUUUGUUUGCACACUUUCGAUUCUAAACGAUUGAGACAUGCGAUUUGCCACGUAACAAGAUGGACUCUUUUACACGAACGUUUCAGUCACGCGAUUUGUCACGCGAUGAGAGGGACGCUUUUAGGACCACCAGCCUGCAAACUGCAAUUGCAUAGAAGCAAGAAGAGAAAGUGAAAUUUCUGAGCAACAUUUUUAACAGUUAGCGUACGCAGUUUACCCAACAACAAAUAUGACGGUGGUUGAUAGACUACCAGUAGUUCCUCAUUUUCUCUCAGGGAUAGUAGAGCGAGCGAAACGCGAGCGCGCAUGAAAUCACCCCUCGCGAGAAAGGCGUCAAGCGCGCUCGCGGUUCGCAUGCUCUACUAUCCCCAAGGGAAAAUGAGGGUCUACUCGUAGUCUAGUGCUUCAUUUCUAUUUUAAAAAUCGCCGCGAAGUUGCGAUACAUUUCCAUCAUAAUCACAUUUUCGUACUAUUUAUUGCGGCCACUGGGCUAUGGUAACUCGCACUCAGAAUCACAGACUGUUUACUGAGACGUGCAAUUUGGAUUUGUAACCAGAUCGCGAUCUAGUCGCGAACGAAUCACGCGGUAAAAUUACCCGUGUAUACAGUCCUUAACCCCUUGGUUAUAAAUCUACAGACAGGGUGGAUGAUGUGGAACUGGUUGGUGUCUGCGCUUGCUGUAGGAGCCGCUGUAGUGUUAUAUGAUGGCUCACCAUUUAUACCCACGCCACAUGUCUUGUGGGAUUUGGUAGAUCAAAUAGGGUAAGAUUGUUUUAUGUCCCUGUGUCCAGUAUUGUUGCCAUAUCUUAAUUGUAGCCUUAAGGUAGUCCUAUAUUUCUCUAAGAGAUUGAAUGGCGCCUGAUAAACACGAGCAAGCAAACUCUCCAACUGGGGCAGGAGGUGGGGAUAUCGCGAGAAGUCACGCCCGGCUGGUGUGAUAGCCAUUCGAAAUGAAGAUCUUGCUCGCAGGCUACACGCGAGCGCGCUGAUGUAUUGUAUCUAACUGAACUGCAUCCGUUUCUUAAAUUUAUUUUGAGGGUAAAUGCUCCGGGCAUUUAUCUCCAAGAGCUAAAACGUUUUCUUCUUUUCUCUCCCUGUCUGCCAAACAAAAUGAAAGGAAAGUCAUGAUUAUCAAAAAUGAAAGGAAAAAAAACCUUUGUGAUGUUUCUAUUCGGUCUCCCACCCGUCAAGUACAUGAAAGUUGAAAAUUUAAGCCCCGCGACUGACGCUAAUUCUAGUAAAAAAUUGGCCCUAUACUGAACGCUACUAAUUCUGUUGGAAUUCACAACGCCAUCUUUCAUCUUGUCGUCACAGGAUAACCGUCCUUGGAACUGGAGCUAAGUGGCUGUCAGCUCUAGAAGAUAGGAAAGUACAUCCCAGUAAGUGGAAAGCCAGCAGUACAUUGUAGUUUGUCUACAGUGAAACCUGUAUUAAGCAGACACCUUCGGGACCUUCCCAAGUGUCCUCUUAAUGAAGGGUGUCCGCUUAAUAGAGUUUUGUAAAAGUUGCGCAAUGUUUGUUAACGAUUAAGUUUCAACGGUUACUCUUUACUGUGAUAAAGUUCCAUGUUGUUAAGGAUGCUAAGGAAGCUGUGCUGUACAUUGUGCAAGACUUUUGGGUUAAUCUACAGUUAUUGAGAGCUGAAUGUAUUAAUUGACUACAGUACUAUAUAUUUCGAGGACGUAAUGCAAUACCACUAUUGUCAACUCAGACUGGUGUCCGCUUAAUAGAGGUUUUUAACAAUAGAAAUAAGCCAAUUACAAUAUAUUUUAGUGUCCGCUUAAUAGAGGUGUCCGCUGAAUAGGGGUUCGUUAUAAAGGGAAAUAUAAGAAUUUCGGGACCCAGCUUAGUGUCCGCAUAAUUGGAGGUCAGCUUAAAAGAGGUUUUACUGUAAUAGGAAAUACAAAAGUGGACGCCUCACGCGUAAAGGAGUUGAAUUCUUUUUUGCGGAAACACAAAUAUAGAAUUAUUUUUGACAUUAAAAAGGAAAAAUCACACUUUUAUCAAAACUAGCCUGUCAGCAGGCUUUAUAAGAUGGUGAGCAGGAGCGUGUGACGAUAAGCCACCGGAGGUUUGCUAGCCUGCGUAACUGGAGGUUUCUUGGUGUGCUUUUCGAGAGAAACGCGCGCGCGAGGUCACCUUCUGCCCUCACCCCCUUCCCCAUCGUUUUCUUUUCCGUCCUCGGUUCAGCUUUCAAGCGGCUUUAUCUCUUAUUUUAAGAACUGCUUUAAUACUAACCCUGUAUGAACCACAAAUGAAAAACGCAUCAAAAACCCCCCAGCUACUCAGGCUAGAGUUUUGCGCGAGCAGUUUAGCCGCGGGAUCCCCCUCUCGAUCCGCGUGGUAACUCCUCGCAGAAAACCAAAUGGGAUUAUGCUGCACGAAACUGCGACACAAGAGCCUGCUAGGUCAAAAUAAUGACUAGUUUCAUGAAAUAGAACAACACACAAAAAGUAAUACUGAACCACAGCGCAUUAAAAAUGGAUUACCGUCAAACGGCAAACUCAAAAACUUUAGACAUAUUUCUCUUAUUUUUCGCGGCAUGUCUCCUUUAACUGGGCGUAAGUCACACGUUUAAUCUAGUCGCCCUAACGAUAGCGUGUAUUCCCGUUUCAGUUAAGACACACAACCUGUCAUCCCUUCACACGAUUCUAUCAACGGGGUCCCCGCUAAAACCAGCCAGCUUUGACUACGUUUACAGCAGUAUAAAGAAGGAUGUUCUUCUCGGGUCCAUCUCUGGUAACGUUCGUUAAUUUUUUGUGUUAUCGCACUAUCUUUUUCCUCGCGAAGCGAGGAAGAAGGCCCUCGCAUUUGCGAGGUUUAUAAUUUUCUAGGAAUUCGCAUCGCGUGAAGAUUUGCGAUACAUGUAUUUCUAGUUUAUCUGUAAUAUUGAAUUUUCAGUGUUAUUUGCCAUAUUAGAGUUUGCGCAUCCUUGAGUUAUCUUAAUCGCGGUAGACAACGAGAAGUCCUUAUUUUCUCAGGGGUAGUUCCUCAGGGAGCGCGCUAUCGCACGUCGCUUUUUUUCACAAUCCACGAGGUAAGGCGACACCUAAACUUAGGCUAAUCGUCCAGCCUUGAUAAUGAAAGGUUUGGAUGUAUGGUGCAAUGAUACGCACCGUAACUAAAUUACAUCGUAUGUCCACACUCGAAAUUGAUGCGCACAAAUUGUGGCGUUAAAUCUCCUGCUUUUGCGACGUUGUGCGCAGAAAAUUUCAUCCUGUGUCCUGUUGCACCACCUUUUGCAGCGUAUAGGAACGCCAUAGCGAACUGUUUUAGUGUCUAACAAUUUCAUAGACAUAGCUGUAGAUAUGAUAUAGACAAAGAAUUAUAAUGUUGUGCACAGUUUUUGGCAAUGUUUUAUCGUGUGUACGACACUUUGUGCUUGUUCACUAGAAACGUCGAAGUCAUUCGAUCUUUCGAAAAGGGAAUAGGAUUUACAAAUAUUACGAUUUUCUUUACCUCAGGUGGGACAGACAUUAUAUCUUGUUUUGUCGGUCAAAACCCGACAGUCCCAGUUUAUCGCGGGGAAAUUCAGACACGAAAUCUUGGAAUGGCUGUGGAAAGCUGGAAUGAUGAAGGUGUGUGGGGUAAUCCUUUCAUUUUUUUUUUUUUUUCAUUCUUAUACAAGGAAACGUAAACCCCUUGAUGGCAGAUAGGGGACUUGGCUCCGCCCAAAAGGGGUACCUUUUUCAAGCUUUUGUUAUAUGAUAGGAUAGAGAUUUCACUAGCUGACAUGUUUUGAAAGGGUUGGGAAAUCUGUCAUUUCGAUCAGUAAAAGGCCCUAAAAGGGUUAACAGAUGCAUUCUAUGGUUGUGAAAAGGACACAAAAACUUGCUGGUGUAGUGAUUUAUUCGUAUUAAAAUAGACGGUGCGGCAAUUGCAGCAGUUAAAAGGGAUGCAAUGUUCUAAACUAGGUACUUGAAAGAGGUACCAGUGGCCAAUAGAAGGUAUAAGAAAGGGGCACCCAUUUUGACAUAAAUGGUAUAUAAAAAGACAAGGGGUUGGACCUCGGGGGCGGAACCUUCCCUUAUAAAACUUUGUUGAGUACCCCCGGGGGUCUAUUUGCUCAUUAUUGUGAUUCUCAGACUAUAUAUCCAGGACGAUCGAGACUACUCGUUGGGGGAAGGGGUGUGUUGCUUCAAGGGACCUGGACCGUCUGAGGCUACUCGCUCAUUUUCUUGAUGUAUCUUAGGUCAAGCGGUGUACGAUCAGAGCGGUGAGCUAGUGUGCACUAAACCGUUUCCUUGUAUGCCAGUCUACUUCUGGAAUGAUCCACAGGGACUAAAAUACAAGAAAGCAUAUUUCAACAAGUUUGCAGGUGAGCUGCUUAGUUAAUCUCAUCGUCACCCUCCUCAAUACUACUUCACGGGAUAAAGAGAGCACUGAGUUGCGUUUGUGUUUUGGGUCAAGGUUUGGCUUUUUUUCAUUACAAAGUUCGAUUUUGUUUGUUAAAUGGUCGACUCUUUUGAGGUUCAAAUCGCCCGCAACGGAGGUCAAAAGUGUUAACACUUGGACACUUAACGUGGCAAUAGUAAAACUGGCUACCGCCCCCUUCCCACACAAAGCAAUGUUGAACAACGUUAUUUGGAGAAGUGAGGGAUAUAAAGGAUAUUACACGGUGGCGCGAAGAUAUGAAUUUUAUUCUCGAGUGGCAAAACGAUAUUUCACGAACGAGCGCAGCGAGUGAGUAAAAUAAUGUUUUUGCCACGAGAAAAUAAAAUUCAUAUCUUCAAGCCGCCGUGCAAUGUUCUUUUUAUUAUAUAGACAAAAAGACAUCGAUCAAAUAAUAGAGGGAAAUGACCGAAAUUACGUCAUCGUUAAAUUCACUUGUGAGAUUAUGGAAAAUAAACCACUCGGGUCCCGGAUGUUGUUUCUAUGAAUUUUACGAGUGGUAUAUUUUCCAGUAAAACACUCGUGUCUAUAUGAUAAAAAGGAAUAAACCCGAAGCCGAUCAAACAGUUUGUUCUAAGGUGUAGAGUCCUAUGUAACAAUUACACGGGUUUUUCUUCCCUUUUGACCUCCACUGUAGAUCACAUGCAAUUGGCUCACAGCUGCAAGGACUUCGAGUCAAGUAUUUGUUAUGGACUUAAUAACUUUUAAAAUUCUUCUUUUCAUUUUGUUCUUUUUAGGUGUUUGGACGCACGGUGAUUUCUGCUCAAUUAACUCAUGUACAGGAGGGAUUGUCAUGCUGGGAAGAAGGUAUUGCAGGGGGUGGGGGAGCUGAUAACCCCACCGAUUUGUCUUUUAUUUUUUGCACCGUUUCCACCCAGGGGUACGGGUAAAAAGAGGGCGACAGGUUUGCUAUGUGUUCGUUCUAAAGAAAACUUAACUCGCUAAGCUAUCAUGCCAACUGGGCUCUCAUUCCAGAUAAGGAAGGAGUGAACCGAUUUGCUGGGAACCGUCUAAACUUGGAAUAGCAGAACCCUUCCUGAAAGGUUGUUUGACCCCCUUGUUUAGUGUAUACCGUAAAAUUCCGAAAAUAAGCCCCCGGGCUUAUAUUUUUGAAAGGCCCUUUUUGAGGCGCUUAUUUUUGGAGGGGCUUAUAUUCGGAGGGGCUUAUCUACGGAGGGAAAUUUGCGUUUCAAAAUUGGUUGGGCUAGCCUUAUAGUUGGAAGUAAAUUUACCCUUUGGGCUUUGUUUUACUUUGUAUUUGAGGGCAACUUUCCAAGUACAAGUCACUGGGGGGCUUAUAUUUGGAGGGGUGAUUUAACGGAGGGUUUUUUGCGUUACUGGUUUGAGGGGCUUAUAUUUGGAGGGGCUUAUACAUGGAGGGGCUUAUUUUCGGAAUUUUACGGUAUGUUAUAGUUACAAAUUUCAUUGGGGUAUUUUCUUAACAGGAAACCUAUUUUCUUGUCUUUUUUUAACCAAAGUUGAAUAAGCUAGUGUCAAAUUAUUCGAAUUCAUUUUUGAACUCGCAAGCUUCUGUUUUCUGCUCUGUCUUGAUAUCCACUGGGCCACCCAAGAUGAGUUACAAAUUAACUGAUUUUUCCUUAAAUUAUGCUUUCAAGUCAGUCCCAGACUACCCCUUACCCUAAUAUUUUCUUCCUAGAUUGUCAUGCUGGGAAGCUGGUAUUGCAGGGAAUGGGGGGUGGGGGAGCUGCUAACCUCACCGAUUCAGUGUCUUUUAUUUUUUGCACCGCUUCCACCUAGGGGUACGUGUAAGAAGAGCGGGACAGGUUUUCUAUGUGUUCUUUCUGAAGAAAACUUUAGUAUUCCAAAUGUAGUAACCGUACACUUUCAUCGUUCAACCCGCAAGUCUAGUUAUUUCUUCGGGGUAAGAGGGGGCCUUCCCGUUGGACUUUAAAGAUACGGAUACGGGUAGUUUUUGCCCGUCCAACUUACGUUUCCUUGUACAGUUACGAGGUGAACAUCAAUUGGAGACUGACGUUUCUUUUGCUUCUUUUUCUCCUUAGCGAUGGAACACUGAACCCAGCUGGUGUCAGGUUUGGCAGCGCGGAAAUUUACAGUAUAGGUGAUGAACAUUAGUUGGUAAUGGGGGAGAGGGGAGGGUACCAAAUCAGCAGAGGUAGAAAAUGCUACUAGGGUGCGUUUGAUUUGGAAAUUUAGUUUUACAUUUCAAAAUCAGGAUUUCUGAUUUGCAAUCGAACGCGAAAUCUGAAAACGGAUUUCAACGUUGAGAUAUCUGUUCUUUCAUUCCCUUUCUUUUCUUUUCUUUUUUUUUGGGGGGGGGGGGGGGGAGGGGAAUCCGAACUGAUAAAGGAUUUGAAAAACAGCGGUCUUGCACGCGCACGCUUAAUUAGCAAAAAGAAGACCACUGUUCACGAGAAUACUUUUGCAAAUCCUUUUUCGGAUUUCCCAAUCGAACUGUAAAAAGGAAAUCCAUAAAAUCCAGAUUUGGAUUUCGUAAUCGAAAUCCAACAUGAGGACAGAUUUGUUGGAGGUGAAAUCCGUUUUCGAAUUUCGCUUUCGAUUGCAAAAUCUGAAAUCCUUGUUACCUGUGCUGCAGUCGGAUACUUCGUUGGGAGCCUGUUCCUCUUACUUUUUCAUGUGCUAGUUUCAGGACACAAUUGGUUAUAUUCGAUACACAUGUUUAGACCGAAUCAGCGCAAUUAUUGAGACUUGACCAGUAAAUCCGUAUCGUUCAUCUGCUCUCGUGAUUUCAAAAAGUUAUGUGCAGUGUAUAAAUUUUUGUUCUGACUUAGUUGUUACGCGUUGAUUUCAUAGUGGAGAGGUUCGAUGAUGUUGAAGAUAGCUUGUGCGUUGGACAGCCAACCCACGAAGGAGAGCGAGUCGUAUUGUUCCUAAAAAUGGCUAACGGAUAUAGGUACGUAAAUAACUUGCAAAUUACCUGCAAAUUGAGUGAAAAUAAGGUAUGAGUACGGUGUUUCGAAGUUUGUGAACGCACUUUUCAGGAGCGUAGCGUAAGAUUUGGAAGAUAUGCGCACGGGACAAUUGACGCUCUAACAUUCUUAUCUAUUCAUCCUAAGAUUCCCGAAGUGAUUCUUACUAAAUUCUUACCUAUUCGUACUAAGAUUCCGGUGUAGCAAUUCUUACUUUCUUACUAAGAUGCGUGUAGUGAUUCUUACUAAGAUUCUUACCUAUUCUUACUAAGAUUCCCGUAGCGAUUUCUACUAUGAUUGUUAGCUAUUCAUCCUAAGAUUCCUGUAGCGUUUCUUACUAAAAUUGUCUCCUAUUCUUACUAGGAUUCCCGUUGUGAUUGUUACUAAGAUUCUUAUCUAUUCGUACUAAGAUUCCGGUAGUGAUUCUUACUAAUGCUUCAUUUACAACAAAGCUUAAACAUGUUUAAUUGCUUACGCGACAAUUUGUGAUGCUGCGCCGAAAGUACUUUCAAGAGUAGUUUCGCGGAAGUUGAUCCUGGAUUUUUGGUCCAAACUAGGCUCAAGCACUAGACAACUGCUGAGGCGUGUAGUGUACAGCAUUCCUUCAACAAUCACGAGUAAAUAGCUAACUCGUCUAUUUAUUUUUAAUUUUAAGAUUUAGCGAUGAGCUCGUCUCGCGUGUAAAGAGCACCAUUCGACAGCUGUUAUCAGCAAGGCACGUACCAGAGAUCUUACUAGAAACAAAAGAGAUUCCGUACACAGCAAGUGGCAAAAAAGUGGAGGUCGCCGUCAAAAGGAUUCUGAAAGGAGAACACAUCAAAAACAGGGGCGCUCUGGCCAACCCCAACUCACUAGACCUUUAUUAUGAUAUACCAGAACUGAAACAAGGAUAAACGGCAGGAUAACAGUGUUUGUGGGGACGCGCGAACACCUCAACCCAGGUUGUGCGGCGGUUAUUUUCUCGUGUUGGGAUUCGGUCAACGCGCCAAGUGGACGCGUUUGUAAAUGCUGAGCGCGAGCGGAGACUAAACAUUCUACAUCUUUCCAAAGAUGGUGACCUUUUUUAUUUUCUCACUCACUCACUCACCUCCCACCCCUUAUACGUUACCUUCUCGUGCCCUUUUCGGGGGGAGGGGAGGGGAGGGGAGGGGAGGGAGACAACCUAGGGAACUUUCCCCCACCCCCUUCCCCACUUUCUUCAUUCACCCUUAUGUCUCACCAAUUGAUCGCUUUUUUACGCAUCCAACUCCGCUUUCACCGCUUUCAAACUCAAAGUUGGCGACUACGUACAUGGGAUAUGCUGAUAGAGCGCUCGCUCAUUCAAAUAUACGCCCUUCGGGAAGUUCUCUGCAGCGUUUCAACAGGGUAUCGAAACCUUUCGUUCGAAUUGUCUUUACGUUUUAAAACUGUUUCAACGAGUGUCAUGGUGCAAAUUAUAUUUUUCUAUAAACAGAGACCUGUUCGGUACCCGUUUGUUACAUUGACGCUCACUACAUAUACAAAGAUGAUUCUUUUCCGGGAAAAUGUUUAUGAUAAUGUUCAGCAGGACAGUCAGUCAAAUGUGUCUCUAGAGAAUGUUUCAGGUAGUAAUGUUUCGGGCUUAGGAGUUAGAAAAUGUACGUUUUUAUAUGAUGGUUUUCAAGGAUGUCAAGUAUUACUCUUGUAGGUAUCUUUUGGUAUCUUUUUAAUCUGUUCAAAGAAAGGGAUGUAUAAAGGUUACGUUUUAGUAGAAAGGCCUACAAAUAGCCACCUUAAUCUGGGUGUGGCUGUUGAGUGGUAUUUUAAGGUUUCUUAUAGGUCAAUAAAACACUGCUGGUGGU